AUGUUGAAGUUGAAGAAAUCGAAACCGAAUGCACCUGAAAAAACACAAGGUAAUGGAUCUGUUUCAGAGAGUUCUAAACCACAAGAGAGUCAAAAAUUGGAAAAUCAGCAAGAAAAGCAAAACCAAACGAACAGCAAGUUCUUCACGGUGAAGUUUAAGGUGGAAGAAGUUCCGAUUAUGUCUCUGUUUACCAGAGAUAGUAGCUCAAAAGGUGCUAAUAACAAAGCGCAGAAGCAGAACUUGGAGGAAACAGCUUCAGAUGACAAGCGAUUUUCGAAAGAUGUAGUGCAAAAGUACUUAAAAAUGGUUAAGCCUCUUUACGUUCGCGUUUCGAAGCGAUACGGUGACAAACUGAGAUUCUCGGGGCAAUUAAGCUUAUCCGGGGUGACAAAAGCCACGGCAGCGGAGAAAUCGCCUCCGGCACCGAAAUGCGACUCGGAAGUUACAGAAGUGGCGGAUCCGACGAGUAUUGUGAAGAAUCAGAAGCAGGGGAACUUGCCGGCAGGGCUUCGGGUGGUGCGUAAGCAUUUAGGAAAGAGCCGAUCGUCUUCAUCGGCGGUAGCAGCUGCUCCAUCGGGGCCGAUUUCGUCAAAACGACGUGACGAUUCGUUGUUGCAGCAACAGGAUGGAAUCCAAAGCGCCAUUCUGCACUGCAAGAGAUCAUUCAAUGCUUCCAGAGAUUCAGAAUCGUCGAUUUUAUCGCGUUCAGUCAGCGAUCCAUCGCAUGAGAAAUGUGGGGUUUGUCAAAAAAUUCAUCUUCUGGGGAAGGGAAAGAGAAGACUUGGGUUGCAUUUGAGAGUACCAUAG